UGGAAAAACUGUAUUGAAUUGAGUAUACAUUGAAUGCAUUGAUUAGUAUAAUAUUGAUUGCAAUUUGAGUGCAAAACAAACAUUUUUAGCAUUUAAUGUGACAUUAGUUUUGUUUAUUGARUUUUUCCUCAUUUGAUUCACUCAUUGAUAUUAUUAUUAUUGCGGACAACAAUUGAAACGAUUGUCGCUUUUAGAGUCAAGAGUUGAUAGAAAAGCUAAGACAGUGAAGACAUUGAGUGAUAAUUGUUAAUAAAAAUGAGUGACGAGUCGCCCGACAACGAUAAUGCGGCCACCAGUGAACGUAACCAAUCGGAUACCGAGUCGACCGGCGGCGAUGAUAUGCCACCGCUUGAAGACAUUAAUUAUGAUUAUAAAGAGGGCGAUAAAGGAAAGGAUAAGAAGAUUGUUAUACCUGAAGACAAACCUAAAGUUAAACAACAAGACGACGGAUGGCUCGAUGUCUUAGACAAUGGAGAGCUUAAGAAGUUUGUGUUGACUCCUGGAGAGGUCGGACAGCCCAGACCUGAAAGGGGAUGUUUAGUGACAAUWAAAAUAACCACUAAAUUGUUUGACACUCAACAAGUGGUUGAUUCUGAGACUCAUGAAUCCAUUAGUAUCAUUGUCGGUGAUUCAGAUUUUUUCCAAGGCUUAGACCUAAUCAUACCUUUAAUGGAUCAGAAAGAAGUGKCCCGAGUGCUCAUUAAAUCUCGKUUUGCUUACGGAAAGACAGGUAUUGCAGAUGUGGUUCCACCGGAUUGUACUCUAGAUUGUGAACUUCAUUUAUUGUCCGUUCAAUGGAUCGAUGAAGAGUUUGUUUGGCCUAUCGAUGACCGCAUUAAAAUUGGGAACCGAAAGAAGGAAAGAGGAAACUUCUGGUUCGCUCGACAAGACUUUUCCACUUCUAUUCAGUGCUAUAAAAGUGCACUUAAAUUAUUGGAUGCAACUGAUGAUGAACUGGAAUCAGUUGAAAGUAAUCCAAUGAAAGAACAUUUUGAUGAACAAGUAAAGAGACAGUUGUCUAAUGAUAACAAUGAAGAUCCMAAGGUUAAGGAGUUGAUUGAUCUCCGGUCGGUAACAUAUAACAACUUAGCUAUGGCUCAGAUGAAAAUUGAUGAYUUCAAUGGUGCACUUAAAUCAGUGGACGCCGUACUUGUCUUACAACCCAAUAAUGUAAAGGCUUUGUUCAGAAAGGGAAAGAUAUGGGCAGAAAAGGGAGAACUGAAUCUCGCCAUUGAAACACUUCAAAAGGCUCUUAAAUUAGAACCUGAAAACAAAGCAAUAGCUCAAGAACUAGCAAAAUAUGGAUCCAAACGAAAGAAAGAGUUGGUCACUGAAAAACAAUUGUACAAACGUAUGCUUGAAUUGGAUAAGAAGUCACCAAACAAACCAUCAAAAGUUUUAAUAAUUAGCGGAAAGAGGAAAUGUGGAAAAGAUUUUUGUGUGGAUCUCAUCAAUAAAUAUGUGCCAAAUGUAAUGGUCUUACGUAUUGCUGAACCAAUUAAACAACAUUUUGCUAAAUGUCAUGGACUUGACUUAAAUCAAUUGCUGAGUGCCUCUAAAUAUAAAGAGUCUUAUAGAGAAAAAAUGGUUAAAUGGUCAGAGGAUUURCGUCAAAAUGAUCCAAACUGUUUCCUCAAGUUAGCCAUUGACWUGAAAAAUGCUAUGUCUUUCUCCCGAUGGAUACUCUCAGAUGCGCGAAGACUAUGCGAUAUUCAGUAUUUCAAGGAAUCGUUGCAAUAUAAACAUACAAAAAUUCUUACACUAAGAGUCUGUGCCUCUAAUGAAACGAGAGCUAAGAGGGGAUGGAUUUAUACGACAGGAAUUGAUGACAAAGAGACUGAAUGUGGACUCGAUUUGUACACCGAUUGGCACCAUAUUAUCAACAAUAAUAGCGAUGAUAUCAAUCAUCUUAUGAAACAAUUGCAACCUAUCAUAAACUUUCUACAAUAA